AUGAUUCAACAUAUCGCUAUCUUCCUAAGCACAAUUUUAAUUGUUAUCACUGCACAACCAUGCUGUCCAUCACCAUCAGGUGAAUUAUCAAAUAAAAGAUCGAUCAAUAUUUUAAUUCCAGUACCAUAUCAGUCCCCAUUUGUUGGACUAAGUGGUGGUUCGGGAGGUGCAUUGGGUAGUUUGGGAGGUGGAUUGGGUACUUUUCAGAAUCCUUUCUAUUUUGGAUACUUCACUCGAUAUCUUGGACGAGCAAGCGCAAAUGGAAUGUGUCCAGCCGGAGUUAAUAUUAACGGUCAUUGCUGGUAUGAUAGUAUUGGAAACAAGAAAUAA